GAUAUGGAUUUCACUUCCUCUGCUGGUGUUUGUGUUCUAAAACACUGCAUUACUCAGAAUCAUCUUCAGAAUUAAAGCUUUCUCAGGAUCCACAAUCAUGCUAUUAUAAAAUACAUAUUGGUCUUAUAACAAUAAUAUGUAUUAAAGAUUUCAUGAUGAUAAUAUUGAUAGAAACCUGAGAUCACAAUGAUGAGAACUGUUUCUGACAAAAGUGUAAAACAUUCCAGAGCAUGAAGUGUUUUAUUUCCCUUCUACCAUUACAGUUGAUUACAAAGAUUUACAUAUUAACGAACAAUACGUCUUCCGUUUCUAAUCAUGUUUAGUGAUGUAUACAGGGACGAUUCAGAAAAAUCAGAAAACUUUGCGACCUUUCACCGCAGCAUUUAUUAUAUUUUUAUUUUUCACUUAAAUAUGACUAGCUACAACUCUACGUCCAUUCAUCUUACCUUCAAAAUAACAUUUGUUACAUUAACAAAACGCUUUCAAUCUGCGAGUCGAUUCUCAACUAAAGUCGAUUCGAUGAAUCGAUUCCUUGCAAACGACUCAUCACCGCGUGAAGCGCUUUAGAUCAUUCGACGUGUAUAUUUUAAUUGAAUACAGCCUUUUAGAGCCUCUUUUAUGAAACUGAACUGCAUUUAAUAGUAAACCCCUUUUCAUCCCAGGGAAUCGGCUCACUUAGCUCAGAUGAUCAACAUGAAACUAUUUUAGCUUCGACUAUUUCAGUUUUUAAAAAACAGAAUUAUGUAGCAAUAAGAAUGAAUUUUUCUUUCAGUAUCAGAUAUUCAUAAAAUAUGUGCGUUGUGUGUUCAUUUCUAAAAAUGGUUCUGCGAAAAAUCUGCACAUGACCUUGUCACGUCAAGCUUGUGUUGAUUUCGUGUUUGUGUGUUUUGCUGUUUUGUAUGAAAUCACAACAUUAAGUGUUAUAAUUUUUGCAACCUGCACAAUAAAGGUCUGCACUUGUGGCCUCGGAGAAUCCCAGACAUUUAAACAUGCAAAAUUUCCAUCCAGCUGUUUGGAGUAAUUUUUUUUUUUAGCCGCCGUGUUCAUAUGAAAUUUAAAGGGGGCUGAGGAGAUCACAUUCGUGUACAGUUUAUGGAGAAUUGCAGAAUUUUUAGGGGGGCUGAGUGGCCUAGCGACGCCCAUGGUUUACUUUUUAAGUUAACUCUUAGUGCCGGUCCCAAGCCCGGAUAAAAAUCGGAGGAUUGCGACAGGACGGGCAUCCGGCGUAAAAACCUGUGCCAAAUCAUGCGGAUCAAAUGAUGCGCUAAAAACAGCGGACCCUGCCAUUGCGCGGGACAAAUGCUAGCAUAAAAAAGGUUUUACAUUCUUCAGUUCUGCCCUUCUACCAGCUUUACCCUUACAGCUGCACUACUUAUAUUACCCCUCCCCCAACCCUACUUGCGCUGACGUUGCUGGGCAGGUUCUAUUUCCCGACAACGGAGAUCAGUUGACUGCGUUUUCAGUGUUACCGACUGACUCAUUUAGUAAGUCCGGACAAAAUGAGGGAAAUAUGGGAGACUUUGGUGUAUUAUUUGGAUUAUAAACCUGAUGAGGACAGCUGUAUCUUCAGGAAUAAUGAAGAGGAAGAACAGAACACGCAGUUUGAUCCGGGAGUUUUUUACCAUGGAGAUCCUCUUCCUUCUGUUCUGUGUACAAAUCUUUGUUGGCACUGGUUUCACAUAUAGAGUUCCAUCUGAUAUACCAGCUGCUGUUCUCCAGGACCAGGACUUUGAGAUGGAAACCCGUGAGAUUCGUUUGUUGGAGGUCGUCGUCAUAAACAUCACGUGUCAACUCAUUUCGUCUGGCAAUGGUUACACUUAUCCAGUGUCCUCUAAUAUACCAUCUGCUGUUCUCCAGGAUCUGGACUGUGAGCAAGCCUGGUACAGGAAGGCUCCAGGUAACGGAUCAGAGUUGGAGUAUUUGUCAGACGGACAACUUCGUGAGAAUGGAACUAAGCACGAGCUGCUUGUUGAUGCAACCAGAAAAAACAUCACCAUCUCUGAAUGCAUCGAGCUUCACCAUAAUGUGACCUGUCAUGGGUCAGAUCAAAAGUUUCAACACAUGUACCAAGUAAUCAAGAGCACCACAUCAGCCCCUUAUGAUUCUCCUGAGACACAAACACGUCUCAUCUGCACUGGCUGGAUUGUAUCUGUGAUCGUGUUUGUGGUUGUGGUCCUGAUUCUAAUCUGGCGCUUCAGACAAAGGGAAGAUCUUCCAGACUGAUGGUGGGGAUUGCGGGUCAUCUUCAGUGCCUCUGUCCUCCCUGCACUCGCCUUUUCUGCACAUUUAAAACUUUUACAUUCCCUUUUUUGUAAAUACUUGUAAAUAAAAGUAGAUAAAACGAAGCCUUGGAGUUGUUUCAAAAAUGCCAUGUUUUUGUCCAAAUGAGAGCAAUAACGUUACAGUGCACAACUUUGGAGCAAUCUUAAGUGUAAAAUGUAUUGUAUUGGGAAUAGAUGUUAUUUUGGAUAUUUAAAUGAGCGUGGAUGAAGUCAGCACCUUUAAAUGUGUUAGUGUAUACUGUAGAUCUGUACAGGAUGGUUAAUUUAUUUUUUUUGCCUCAGUGCCAUGUAAGCUCAGGUCUUUUGCUCAUCUUUUUUCAUUUUUGUCAAAACUGAAUGUUCAGGGUAUGUGUAUGUAACCGUUGGAUGAGAAAAGGGGCAAGUUUUAAUAAGUUAACACGUGCAUAUGUGUGAAGCGCGUGGCGGCCGGGCCUGACGUGUGGCCGGAUAAUGUGAUUUUCCCCAUGCUGUAAAACCGAACAGCGACCAUGUAUUGUAUUUUGUAUUAUAUUUCAUAACAGCGAACAUGUAUUUUGUAUUAUAUUUCAUAUUGUUUAUUUUGUAACUGUUAUGAGUUUUGUGAGUAUAUUUAACCACAUUAAUAUUUUAUUUACUGUUGGUGGGAAAGAGAGUGAGAAAUGUUUCAGGGAAAGUCUGCAUAUGGUUAUAGGUUAAUAUGCUGGUAAACCAGAACCACUCCUGUAACCGUUCAAUUGCGAAUAUGAGUUGUAAAGUGUGUUUGAUAUAGAUACGAGUAAUUAUUUCGCCCUGUUUUUCUCAGGGCAUAACAUAUGCGGUGUUUGGUCCCCACUGAUCCUUUUAGACACAGGGUAGCAGUUGGUACUCAACCCUCAUUACAAUUAUCAGGUGAUAAAAUUUAUGACUGCACUGAGAGAUUGUCUAAUAUAAAUAAAUACUGGUUAAAACAUGA